GCUCAGCCUGACUGGUGACCAUGUUGUUCCAGGAGGUGCCCAAGGGUCAGUCUGAGGAGGACAUGGUGGGCCGGCCCCUGCCCCACCUGGGCGCAUCCAUGCAGGCCUGCGGGGAGGCCGUGUAUUGUGACGACAUCCCUCGCUAUCAGAAUGAGCUGUCCCUCCGGCUGGUCACCAGCACCCGGGCCCACGCCAAGAUCAAGACAAGGCUGCUGAUCAGACUCCUUGUGGAAUUGUCUUCCACAUUGGUUUGGUGUAUCACUAAGUCACUAGGCACUUGGCAAGUACACUCUCUCCUUAAGCAAACUCACCUCCUGUGCAACCAGGACUCACUUGGGAGUCAUAUUGCUUCCCCAGGUGAGUUUUACAUUGGUGGCCAAGAGCACUUCUACCUGGAGACUCACUGCACCAUCGCCGUCCCGAAAGGCGAGGCAGGGGAGAUGGAGCUCUUUGUGUCUACACAGAACACCAUGAAGACCCAAGCCUUUGCUGCAAAAGUGUUGGGGGUUCCAGCAAAUCGAAUUUUGGUCCGAGUGAAGCGACUUGGAGGAGGCUUUGGAGGGAAGGAGACCCGGAGCACCGUGGUGUCCACGGCAGUGGCCCUGGCUGCAUACAAGACCGGCUGCCCUGUGCGCUGCAUGCUGGAUCGUGAUGAGGACAUGCUGAUAACCGGCGGCAGACAUCCUUUCUUGGCCAGAUACAAGGUUGGCUUCAUGAAGACGGGGAGGAUUGUGGCUCUGGAGGUGGAUCACUACAGCAAUGCUGGGAACACCCUUGAUCUCUCUGAGGCUAUAAUGGAUCGAGCUCUAUUCCACAUGGACAACUGCUAUAAAAUCCCCAACAUCCGGGGCACCGGCCGGCUGUGCAAGACCAACUUGCCCUCCAACACGGCCUUCCGGGGCUUUGGGGGGCCUCAGGGGAUGCUCAUUGCUGAACAGUGGAUGAGUGAAGUUGCAGUGACCUGUGGGCUGCCUGCAGAGGAAGUGCGGAGGAAGAACAUGUACAAGGAAGGGGACCUGACACACUUCAACCAGAAGCUCGAGGGGUUCACCUUGACCAGGUGCUGGGAUGAAUGCCUGGCAAGCUCCCAGUAUCACGCCCGGAAGAGUGAGAUUGACAAGUUCAACAAGGAGAAUUGUUGGAAAAAGAGAGGAUUGUGCAUAGUUCCUACCAAGUUUGGAAUAAGCUUCACAGUUAGUUUUCUGAAUCAGGCAGGAGCCCUGAUUCAUGUGUACACAGAUGGCUCUGUGCUGCUGACCCAUGGGGGCACUGAGAUGGGCCAAGGCCUUCACACCAAGAUGGUCCAGGUGAGCAGCCUGGGGCUGUGGGAGUCCUCUCUGACUCCACGGUGUCUGUAUGAGGGAAGAUGCUGUGUGAAACUGAGCAGUGGGACAUACCAGAAGCCGAAGCAGGCCCAACAGUCUCUGUCUGCCCUGCAGGUGGAAGGGGCAUUUGUCCAGGGCCUUGGCCUCUUCACCCUGGAGGAGCUGCAGUAUUCCCCCGAGGGAAGCCUGUACACCCGCGGCCCCAGCACCUACAAGAUCCCUGCAUUUGGCAGCAUCCCCAUUGAGUUCAGAGUGUCCCUGCUCCGUGACUCCCCCAACAAGAAGGCCAUCUAUGCAUCCAAGGCUAUUGGGGAGCCACCCCUCUUCCUGGCCUCCUCCAUCUUCUUUGCCAUCAAGGAUGCCAUCCGUGCAGCUCGAGCUCAGCACUCUGAUAAUAAUAUCAAGGAGCUCUUCCGUCUAGACAGUCCUGCCACCCCGGAGAAGAUCCGCAACGCCUGUGUGGACAAGUUCACCACCCUGUGUGUCACUGGCGUACCAGAAAACUGUAAAGCCUGGUCUCUGAGGGUCUGAAGAAAAAGCCCACAGCAGAGUCUGCUUAUGCUACACUGGGGCUUCCAUGGAGCAUGGAGCAUAACGCUGCAGAAGAUGAAUCUAUAAAAGUCAUAGGAUGGCAGUGCUGUGAUUCAUCAGGAUGGUGUUUGGAAGAACACUGAAGGCAUCGGAAGAUUUUGAUCAAAAAUAUGAUUUGCAAAUAUAGUGAUAAGCCAAAUCAGAACUGUUAGCCCAAGUGGCUAAUAUGCAAUUAAGGUCAUUACGUGUCUGUUUUAAUCAUGUAUUUGAAGUAGGUUUAGGAAGUAUUUAUGCUAUAUCUUAAGUCACCGGGAAGCCUGUAUAACCUCAAGUUCUGACAGUGUCUGUGCUUCAAAGAGGAUUCCCACAAACCUUCAGAAGCUUAAACCAAAGUUACUCUAAAUCUGUGUGCUUUUCCUCAAAAGCUUUUCCUAUAAACCAAUGUACGCCAUAUGACAACCUCAGAUGCAUACUUACUUUGAAGUGGGGCAGUGGGGUGAGAUUCAAACCCCUACUCACCUUUGGGACAUAGGAAUAGAAUAUAGUAUGAAAUAAAUUCAAGGUUAAUUGGAUCCAGUCUUGUUAAGCUGAAUAAAGUAAGAUUAUUCUGUAACACCAAAA